AUGGUCACAAAACAAGAACAACAUGAUUGGUCUUCUGAUCUUAUUGAUUCAAUUUGGUUUCAUAUUGGUAAUUAUUUAAGUAUCAAUGAUAUUGAUCGUUUAAGUCGAACAUGUUCACGUUUACAUAUACUUUUUACUAGUAAUGAUUUUUGGUCAUAUCUUAUUCGAAUAAAAUUUGGUUCAACAAUAUGGCGUCGUUUUAUUAAAAAUUCUUCUAUUGUAAUUGAUAAUAAUAAUAAUGAAUUUUCUUCAUCGUGUCGUUCAAAAUUGAUCUAUUAUGAAUUACUUAAACGUCAAUGUAUAUCAUUUACUGAUUUCAAUCAAGUAACUCUUGAUACAAAUCGAAAUUAUAUAACUAUAUCUGAUUCAUCAAGUUUAAAUGGUGAAGUACUCUAUAUAAAUGAUUCAAUUGAAUUUUGUUAUUCACUUCAUAUUGAAACAAAAUUUAAAAAUAUUCUUCCUGGACAAUAUGAUGUAAUUUGUCGUAUGAAACUUGAUUUACCAUAUAUAUUAGGUAAUACAGAAUUUAUUGUUAUUGCUGAACAAAUAAAUUCUAGUAAAAUAGCAUAUAAACAAUUAACACAAGAUGAUUUCUUAUCAAUGUAUCGAUGUUUUAAUUGUGAUUUAACAAAAACAAAUUUAUGGUUUUAUUAUAAUAUUGGUAUUGUUGAAAUUCAUGGUAAUGAACGUUGUAAUAUUUAUGUAUCAAUAACAAAUCAUGAUUCAUUACAUGCAAAAUGUGGUCUUUAUUUAGAUUAUAUUGAAUUAAAACUUCGAUUAGAAUAG